GUUCGGUGCUUGUGACGUCAGCAGUCACGUGGUCACAGGCGCUGCGUGUGGAAACGGUGGGAUUGUGUGUAGAGUCUCGAGCGCCGAGGCUGCGGUGUUGAAUGUCCCAUCAGUGAAAUUACAGCUCGUGCUUACCUGAGGAGGUGAAGUCCUGCUGCAGAGCCUGAGAAAGGAAUGAUGUUCUGCUACAAGUCGCCUCCUGCUUCUUGUGUCCAGUUUCAUACGCCUCUUGACCUGACCUCCACAAGCACUUCAAGAGAUGGCACUGCUUCAGAAAGGCUUCAGAAGUCUGGAGAAACCAAAUCUGAGAGUCUGUCCCCAAAAGGAAUGAUGUUCUGCUACAAGUCACCUCCUGCUUCUUGUGUCCAGUUUCAUACGCCUCUUGACCUGACCUCCACAAGCACUUCAAGAGAUGGCACUGCUUCAGAAAGGCUUCAGAAGUCUGGAGAAACCAAAUCUGAGAGUCUGUCCCCAGAAGGAAAGAUGUUCUGCUACAAGUCAUCUCCGGCUCCUUUUAUCCAGUUUCAUACGCCUCUUGACCUGACCUCCACAAGCACUUCAAGACCUGGUACUGCUUUGGAAAGGCUUCAGAUCUCUGGAGAAACCAAAUCUGAGAGUCCGUCCCCAGUAAGUUGCAGUAGUCAGUCUGGAACUUUCAUCACUAAGCCCUCACCAAAACUAAUAUGGAAAAAAAUCCACCAUUGCUUAGACUGUGGGAAGAGUUUUGCUAGACUGGGAGACCUCCAAAAACACCAGAGGAUUCACACCGGAGAGAAACCGUAUCAGUGCUCAGAGUGUGGGAAGAGUUUUACUCAAGAGAGUAAUCUCCAACAACACCAGCGGGUUCACACCGGAGAAAAACCCUAUCAUUGUACGUGGUGUGGAAAGAGCUUCACUCAUCAGCAGAACUUCCAGACGCAUCAGAGGAUUCACACGGGAGAAAAACCAUAUCAGUGCUCCGAGUGUGGGAAGAGCUUCACUCGCAAGAAUGCUGUACAGCGCCACCAGCGCGUUCACACGGGAGAGAAACCCUUCCACUGUGUGCAGUGUGGGAUGAGGUUUAGUGAGAGCGGUACUCUGAAAGAACACCAGCGACUUCACACGGGAGAGAACCUGUUUCACUGCUCAGAGUGUGGGAAGAGUUUCCAUCAGAAGAAAACUCUACAAGGACAUCAGCGCACUCACACCGGAGAGAAACCAUACUUCUGUACGGAGUGUGGGAAGAGCUUCAGUCGGAUGAACACUCUACAGCAACACCACCGCAUUCACACGGGAGAACGGCCGUUCCAGUGUUCAGAGUGUGGACAGACUUUUGCUCAACAAAGUACUCUCCACCGACACCAGCACAUUCACACCGGAGAGAAACCCUAUCACUGCUCACUGUGUGGGAAGAGUUUCAAUCGCAAAAACACUCUACAGCUACACCAGCGCCUUCACACGGGAGAGAAGUCCAGCGCUGAGGAGAUUUACUGAGGAACUUCUGAGUAAACGCUGACAACUCCUAGCUUGUUCAAACGCAAUAUAUUUCUAGCAUGGUUUACAGUUUAUUCUGGUCUCGAAGACGUGAAUGUAAAUAUCACGCAAAGCACACAGAAUACUGCCGUGUUGCAGAGUGUUGCAUUUCUGGACAUUUCUGCACUUCCUGCUCACUUUGCACACAGUCUAGACCGCCAACAGUGGAUCCUGUGAGCAUCCAGUAGCUAAAUCCCCAGAUAUAUGAUCAAAUCUGCUGAUGAAACAGAUGUUUGACUGCACAGAGAAGUCACAACCAGGGGUGUCAGGAGCGUCCGAGGCUAAAAUAAAGAUCAGAUGAAGAGUAUGGGGACUGACACACACACACACACACACACACACACACACACACACACACACACACACUCAGUGCACUGCUGAAAUGGAAAUUAAUCAGUGUUAAUAUACUGUAAUAACUCCACCAAUGCUCAAGAAAUGCUUUUAUAAGAGCAUUAAAAUGUUUCCAGUUUUAUUUGUUUAGCACUUUUACCCACAGACAUUGUCACAAAGCAGCUUUACAGAAAUAUACACAUUCAGGAUAGAAAAUUUUAAUGUAUAAAUUUAUCCCUAUAAGUCCUUCCUAGUUGAAAAAUACAACAAUGACAA